AUGCUUCGUUGUACGCUGGUGGUUUGCGGCAGAGGAGUCGUUAAAAGGCUCGCCUCGUCGUUCUGCAGUGAGAGCGCUCUGCCUCCCAAUCUGCUGCUGCCGACCAACCUGGUGGAUCCUUCCAGACUAAAGCGGCCUCCUCCUCCUGCAGACUGCUCACUGCCUCUCCUGAGGAAGUGCGACGCCGUCGUUCCCGCUCAUCGGAGCGCCGUCCAGGCGUGGGUGGAGACUCUGGAGAGGCGGGACGGCGAGCCGCUGGGUUUGGCUGAGCUCCACCCGGAUGUCUUCGCGGUGCCUCCGAGGCUCGAUAUUCUCCACCAGGUGGAAAUAUGGCAGAAAAACUUCAAGAGAGUUAGCCACGCCAACACAAAGAUCAGGUCAGAGGUCAGAGGUGGAGGCAGGAAACCAUGGAACCAGAAAGGAAGUGGACGAGCUCGCCAUGGAAGCAUCCGAUCCCCGAUAUGGAAAGGAGGCGGGGUCGCCAAAGGACCCAGAGGGCCGACCGGCUACUACUACAUGUUACCCAUGAAGGUUCGGGUUCAAGGACUCAAAGUGGCUCUGAGCUCCAAGAUGGCGCAGGACUACCUUCACAUCGUGGACUCUUUGAACAUCCCCACACCCGACCCUCAGUACCUGCUGGACCUCAUCAGAGAGAAACACUGGGGAGAGUCGGUGCUAAUAGUCGAUGUAUGUGAAGAGUUUCCUGAAAACAUCCUUCAGGCAACGGCAAGUUUGAAGACGGUGAACAUUAUUCCAGCAAUCGGACUGAACGUCCACAGCAUGCUGAAACACGAAGCCGUCGUCCUCACUCUGGAAACACUGAAGUUUCUGGAGGACAAGCUGCUUUGGCACGACCAGCGCUACACCCCUCUGUACCCGUACAAGCUGCCCUACCAAGACGUCCCGUAGAAGACACAAGAUCGCCUGUAAUAUAUUCUGUAUGUGUUUUAUUAUGUUAAAUGUUUAAAUCAUCAAUAAAUAACACCAUUUAUACAAAAAACAAUCGGUACAAGUAUCUAAAAUUCAUAGUUCCUGAUCUUCACACAGAGGGCCGAGCUCUUCUUCUCUGUCGGCACGAUGUACGUGUUCGGCACGUAAAGCCUCCGAGGUUUAGGCUGCAGCACAGAACAAGACGUAGUUUAAUGCAACGUGAAUAUGGAUCCCUUAUGAAAAGGUAUUUUUCUAUGGCUCACCGUGUGAGAUGAAGCUGGAGGGACAGACGUUUUCCUAAAAAAACAAAAAGUAAAUUUGUUCAAGAAAACAUACAAAAACAUUUUGAAGCAACUUCUGACGACCAACUUGUGUUGCUGCAACAAUCUAAUUCAACAGUUGAUGAGCAAGCCAACCUUAAAGCGAGUUAGGCUAACAGUUAGCAGUCAAACAGGCAGUAAAUAUCAAUGUUAGCUAGUUGGAGGCCUUUAACUGGUGUGUUCAUGACGAUAACAUCACUGGAUACGGUGUUUA